UUUUUUUUAGCCUGCCAUGAGCAGUCGUCUGUGUACAGUGUCAGCCUUGGAUGUCUGCCUGAACCUUGGAUCUGCGUUUACCCCGUGCCUUUUUUGGAUUUAUCACUGAACUCAGCCACUGCCUACUCACCUGUUUCAUCUCGCUGGCAGCAUCGUCGUCUGUCGUCAUGCCGCUGCGUUCCUCUCUGAUCUUCAUGGCUCUGGCCUUCAGGAGACGAUCCCUUACCGGCCGCUUGGCCACAUAGCGAGUGCCAUCGCUCCGGAUCUUUACCUGGACACGAGGAGAAAAAAAUCCAUUGCCUGUUUUCCAACAUCCUGCUAAAAGCGUGCAUUUGGAGAUUUCCAAGCAUGCUGGAAUCGUCACUUGUGAAGUGAAUGUCUGCAGACGUACACACGUACCACAUGCAGGAGGCCGCACGCUAACCUGCUACUUCCAGAAGGAUCUGGAUUUACCGUCCAACGGGACCAUAAUGAAUCCCAGAUGUCUCACCGUACCCAGGAGGAAGACAAACAUCUAACAUGACAUUCAACCUUUGCGUAUCACUUCUGACAGACCGAGUGCAGAAUGACAGGCUGAGUCCUGCAGGUGAAUCCAUGGGCCAGGAAGAGGUGAACCUGUGCUCUUCCAGAAGAUGAUCCUCCACGGGCAUUACAUUUUCAUUAUGUGGAGCUUUACGUUGUGUUGAUUUCUCAAGGUUUGCUUCCAGACUGUUUUCUUGAAGGAGAGGGUCUGAACUGAAUACUCUGAAUACUUGGGGAAUUACCACAGGGGUUCUGACCCCAGGAUUUUAUUAUGAGGCACAAAAGGGAAACUGGUGCUUAGUCAAUUAGUUUGGGAGUUUGUACAUGCAGACUGCAUUUCUGCUGCAGCACCUGGCAAUGAAAAUUUUAACACUUCUUCCAUUUGUGCUGGACAAUCUGCAGUUGCUCAACAAUGAUAAUGUGCAACAUCUUUGACACAGAGGGACCUCUAUCAGCUAUGGUCUCCGCACCUGCUUCUGGGAAACCUAUGUUCUGAUCUGCUGCAUGGAGUGCAAAGAGUGGAUAAAACUGACUCACUGACAAAGGGAGGGACAACAAUUUUUUGUGGGGGAGAAGACUAUCUCUUUCUCUAUAUUUGUUCUGUUUUUAACCGUCAUGGGUCUGAACCCCAAAAGAAACACCUGACUGAACCAGGGGAUGGUCGACGACUCCAUAAAACUUUCUGAUUGGAGCCAGGGAGGACGAGGUCCAACUUGAUCUUUAAAUCAGAACUCGAAGAAGAAAGAGUCCUCUCCCCCCCACUUACCUCUGGUGGGGGGGAGGGUGAAGGGUAGUUUAGUUUUUAGGGUGUAGGGCCUAGGGCCAUAGGGUGUAAUUUUGUCAUAAUUUAGACAUUAGGUUUAAGGUUGUAGACUAGCCUGUAGAGUACAGAGUAAGACAGCUCUGCUCUGGGUCCUGAUAACAGUUUUAGAUUAGUCGUAAUUGGGUCCAACUUCUUCUCAGUGUUUAGUCAGUUGUGCUAGUUUUGGCUGGUGUCACUACUAUACUAGCCCCUGCGGCAUCUAACACUCAGUGAGUAACCUUUUUCUCUGCACCAGCUGUAGCUGUGACUCGGGCUGCAUUUCCUCUAGUGCAUAAGUCUAGCAUUUAGCCUCAGUGCUAGCUGACAGCGUACAACCUCGAUCUAACUAACAGUUAGACAGACAACAACCAACAGCAUUUAGGUCUUUACUAUAGAAUUUAGCAGUAGGGAACCCUACUCAUUGGGCAUUUCCCCGGCUGUUGUUUAGCCUGAGGUUCUCUAGCCAUUGGCCUGUGUGCAGACUAACAGACCAUGGAUGCUAAUCAAGGCCCAGGCCAGGGCAGCCCAGAAAGCCCUAACCGGGCCGUGGAGUACCUUCUUGAACUCAACAACAUUAUCGAGAGCCAGCAGAAGCUUCUAGAAACCCAGCGGCGCCGAAUCGAGGAGCUGGAAGUCCAACUGGACCGGCUCAGCCAAGAGAACAAGGACCUGCGUUUGGACCGGCAACCUGUUGCUCCUCCUCCACCUGCUCCUCCCCCCGAGCCUCCUCUCCCUCCUCCUCCUCCGCCGCCUCCACCGGCUCAGACCACAUCGACCCCCAUUUCAACCAAGAAUCACCAUCAUUACCACCACAACAGCCAACACCCAGCUCCUCCCCAGCCUCCCUCCUCCAUCCCUCUCCACCACAGCCACCACCACCACCAGCAUCAUCAGCAGCACCACCACUCCUCCACCCACCACUCCUACAACAGCACCAACAGCACCACGAUGACUGCGAUCCCGGUUCCGGCUCCUGCUCCGGCUUCAGCCCCACCCUCCAUCUCAAUCCCAACCCAAAUCCCAGCUCCAGUCUCCUCUUCAGCCCCGGCUCCACCUCCCCCUCCUCCGAUCCCACCCAGGGAUCAGCCACGGGCCCACAGCCGGCUAACUCGAGUGCCCUCUACCAGCACUGGCACCAACACCAACUUUGUGGAGAAAGAGAAGGAGAGGCUUGAGCGCCUCCACAGAGCCAACGCCUCCAACAACCACCACGCCCACACCCUCCACCACCACAAAUCGUCUCAUACCUCCUCCACCUGUUCUGCUACCACCACCUCUUGUCGUUCCUCCAACAACCCUACUAGCAUCACCACUCCUUCCUCCACCUCCUCCUCCUCCUCCUCCUCUCUCUACUCCUCCAGCCUACCUCCUAACAGCCACGCCACCUACCAUCAGUACUGCUGUCCCGCGCGCCUCCGCCUGCCCAAGCCUCCCUGCGCCCUGCCCCCCGCCAAGCACCACGAGCAGGCAAGGUAAGGGCCAGAGUCCCCCCUACUAAACACCCAGCCUCACCCACUGUCCCCCACUCUGCCUCCACCUACCACACUGCCCCUGGUAGCCUCCCCUAGACCGCAUCCACCAGCUGGGAGGACAUUGAGCCCAAACGCAUUGAGAGCAAAUUUGACACGUGUCAAGUUUGAUUUCCUAAAUCACCUGAUGUUUUUAAAGUUGCUAACCAUCCACUUGUAGAACUGUGGCAUGUUAAACCACAAUAAAGUUUUCUGAAAAUGCAGAUGUUCCACAAGUUCCAUCCAAAUUAUACCAUAGUGACCAAAGAAACAGAUGUUAACAUGUAUUUCUUUGUGUGUAAGUGGAGGGGAAAAAAGCAAACUAUAUGCAACAAUACCUGAUUUAUUACUAUCACUUCAGACUACUAUAGACAAACUGUUUAUACCUUUAAUAUUAAAAAAAUGAGCUAAAACUAUUAGAUUAAUCACUUUGUUUAUCAACAAAAAAUCAAGUGCCAAUCAUUCUUUCUUGUUCCAGCUUCUUAAAAGUGAUUAUUUUUUACGGAAGCCCUAAGCAGCCAUCUAUUCAAUUAUUUUUUUUUUACUCCGUUUUCUCAUUAUAACAGGAUAGUUUUCCCGUGAUCUUGAGAUAAUGAAACAGUAGUUUAACACAGGGGUUGGCGGGAACAUUUCUCAAAGGUGAUUUUUAAUAUCACUGGUUAGCUCAAUUGGUAAGAGCGCAGGACUCGUAGAAUUGUGUGUUUGAUCCUCACGGUAGACCUACUUUUCUUUAUUUUUAUCUUUUUCAUGAUCCACUUUAACAAAGUUGUAAAGAAGAGACUAUAGCUGGACUGUGUGAAUCCCGGGUAAUUGAUCCACAUCCAUCAACCUAUAGACUUUUCAUUUCCCCAUCAUUCACAGGCAGAAGAAAUUCCUGUGCUUCUCAUUCAGGGGAAUCCAUUUAACGUUACACAUUUCCUGACUGCUAUUUCCGAGCCUUUGAAAUAGCCGUAGAGAAAUAUGUGAUUGGAUUCCCCUGAAUCUCUUCAUAACAACUUUGUUUAAGAGGAUAAUAAAAAAACACACAGAGGAAAACAAAAGAAAAUCGCUAAGAACUGGAAUUUUUCACGCAAUGCUUGGAUUAUAUAGCCCUAUGCUCUGCCAACUGAGCUAACCAGUGACACUGAUCAUCUAUCUGGGGACCCCUGUAACUCAGCUAUGGUUUGUUAUCUUGAGAUCACGAGAAAAUUAUCCCGUCAUCACGGGAAAAUGGAGUAAAAAAAGAAUAUUUGAAUGGAUGGCCGCUUAGGGCUUCCGUAGUUUCUCUUGUUUUAAUGUGAAAUUAAACAGAAUGUCAAGACAUUUUCUUUGGUUUUAGCAAGUUUUGAUGGACAUUUUUUAUUAUCAUAUGACAUUUUAUAGGCUAAAAUGUUUAUCCAUUAAUUAGUGCAGAUUAAUAGAUAAUAAAAAGUAAUCCUUAGUUGCAGCCCUAACCUAAUUAAUGAGAGCAAAAGUACUACAUAGAAGGACACUCAAUGGAUUAUUUCAGUGAUGAAGGAAAAACUCAUUGGUACAGACAAUAUAUCCAAAACUAUUAUAGUAUUUAUUAUAAUUAUUUCAGUGCUAUUAAUGGGCUUUUUUCGAACUCUUUAAAUAAACACAUGCUGGGGACAGUGUCUUUUUUAGGGAAGUGGAUUCUGCUGGCCUACAUCAGGCUUACAGUACAUCAUUAACUAUUCAAAGGGAAUCCUGAACAACAUUAUUUUGCCCAGAAUUUGUGGAACACAAAGUUUAAAAUAUUAAGUCUGAAUUAAGCACGAAAGUUCACUCUUGACAAUUUAUCUGUUGAAGUGCAAGUUCAGUAGGAGAUACUGAUACUGAAAAAGUGGACCUUGAGUUUGGAUUGUUCUGUCACAAUGAAUCCUUGCCGCUGCAGUGAAACUCACAUGACAUGAAGUCAGUCAAAUUUGCUCUGAAUGCGUUCUGGCGUCACAUCAAGCCUCACCUCCUUGCCUCCCCCGUAGUGCUUUAAUAAUAACCUGUAACAUUCUGUGAUGCUCCUCCCACUCGCACACACAUGAAACAGCAGUGAAGGUGAAGCAGCCUCUCCAGUUGCUCCCUCUCUCUCAUCCAGCUUCUCCCCAACAAAAUACCAUCACAUCAGUCCUCUCUCUCUCUCCCUCUCUCUCUCUCUCUCUCACACUAAAACAACCCAU